AAAUUAUUCUCGUCUUGAAAAAAAAGUUGUCAGAAUUGAUUUUUAAAUUAAUUAAUGGGAGCUUGUCAACUUUUAUGCAGAUAGUAAAUUACUAUAGAAUAAGAAAUCACAAUGCAGUAAAAACAUAAAUAAAGGAAUGAAUCAGAUAAGGAUUCAAAGACUCAUCAUAUUUGUUCAUAAAAAAUGGUUUUUGAUGACCAUAUUGGAGAAGAAUUUCAUUCAUCUAAAGAAAUUAAGUUAUUUAAAAAAAGAAUUUAAAAUUUCGAUAUAUCGUGUGAUCGAAAAAACAGAUUUAUGCAUGAUAUUGAAGAAGAAAUAAAAUACAUUAUUAAGAAAAAGUAUAUAUAUAUAUUAAGAUAUCUAGUAUAUAAGAAGAAUAAGAAAAUUUAAAACAAAUUCAAUAAAUAUAUGAGUAAGAACUUGAACUAUAAAGAAAAGAAUAAAUUAAAAAAUAAAAAGAUGAAUUAGAAAUCUAAUUCUCAUUUUAAAAUUCAAUUAUUUAAUCAAAUGAUCAUUCAAUUACAAAUCCAUUCUAACCAAAAUCAACUUCUCAAUUUGCACCUAAAAGAAAUGAUAAUGAUACAGUUUCUUAAAAAUCUUAAAUCUCCAAAACUCCAACCCCUCCUAACAAAGAUAAAUCUAUUUCAUCUUAAUCUGAUAUUAUGAGAAAAAGUGCUUUAAUGAAAAUUAUGUAAGCAAGAGAAGAAUUAGCAAGUAAUAAUGCAAGUAAAGGUUCUUCUAAAAAAAAAAUGAUGUUAGAUGCUUAUGAAAAAAUGUUUAGUGAAUUCUUUUCAGCAGAUGAUAAAGGAUCAAGUAGCUAUAGUAAAACUUAAAAAAGCCAUAAAAGCAUUUUAAAAAAUAGAUCUUUAACACAUCGUAGUUUCUCAGGUAGUAAAUCAAUUAAAUCAACACAUACUGCUUUUAAAAAUUCAAAAAAAGUUCGAUUCUCCAAAGAUACAAAUUUUAGUUAUGAAAGAAAAGGUAUUGAAAAGAAAAAGAGAAACUUUUGGGAUUGGUGAAAAAUUGAAAAAACCUUAAUAUUGAUUACAUUUGUG